AAGCCCAUUUCCGAUCCCCAAUCCUUCGCCUCUCCCAAAUCCGGCGAACCAAAACCCCACCUAAAACCUCUGUAGCCUCCACCACCGCCGGCGACUACGACCACCGCGACCAUGCGCCGUCAUCUCGACCUCCUCCCCCGCCUCUUGCUCCGCCGCCACAUCCACCGCCGAUCCAAGCCCGGAACCUCGCCACCCCCGCCCCCUCCCCCCAACGCACCGCGUCCUCCUCAGAAGCCCGAGCCCAUCUCCAUCCACGGCGAGACGUGGCACGACAGCUACGCCUGGAUGGGCUCGCUCUCUGAUGCCGCUGCCAUGCGCCACAUGGAUGUCCACAUGGAGGCCGAGGAGAAGUACGCCGAGGCCUGCCUCGCUGCCGCUGGCGCGGACCGACUCGCUCGUAAACUCCAGCUUGAGAUGGCCUCCCGCCUCGCCUCCGAGGCAUGCACGCCGCCCGCCCGCUGGGGCCCUUGGUUGUACUACCGCCGCACGGAUGAGGGUAAGCAGUAUCCCGUGCUCUGCCGCCGAUCUGCUGCUCUCCAUGAGGAGUUCAUCUCGUAUAGCGAUCCCUCCGCUGGGUUCGACUUCACCGCUGGGAAGCGAAUCGAACAAAAGUUGGUGGAUUACAAUAAGGAGGCCGAGCGAUUCGGAGGAUACUCAUAUGAGGAACUGUCUGAAGUUUCUCCUGAUCAUCGCUUCAUUGCAUACACCAUGUAUGACAAAGAUAAGGACUCCUUCACUUUAAUGGUCAGGGAUCUAGUGACAGGCACACUUUGCGAUAAACCUCGUGCUGAUCGGGUCUCAAAUAUUUCAUGGGCUAUGGAUGGGAAAGCACUGAUUUAUGUUGUUACAAAUGAGGAGAGAAGACCAUAUCGGCUGUUUUGCAGCAUUAUUGGAUCAAACAAGGACGAUAUCCUCAUGUUGGAAGAACCUGAUGAUAAUACCUAUUUGAAUAUCAGACAUACCAAGGAUUUUCGGUUUAUAACGUUAAAUGUCUUUUCAGACACACACUCAAAGGUAUACUUAAUAAGGGCUUCUGAUCCCUUGUCCAGAAUGACACUGGCAUGGGAAGGUGAAUCCCAAGUUCACUGCAUCAUUGAACAUCAUCACGGACACCUGUAUUUAUUUACAGAUGCCGCAAGAGACGGCGUCUGUGUUAAUUCACAUUACCUAAUGCAGUCUGAUGUGCAAUCUCCUGGGCCAAAGAGUUGGACGAAUGUUCUCCUUGAGGAACCAGGUAUUAUUCUUGAAGAUGUUGACUUUUGUAAUACUCAUAUGGUGCUUGUUCUGAGACAAGGCAGAAAACUCAGACUUUGUUCAGUUAAUUUGCCUCUACCGGAAAACAUCCAAGUACCUUCUCAUCUAUCAGAUUUUUGUCCAUUUGACUUGCCUCUUCCCAGUCAUGUCUGUCAGAUUUUAUCUGGCCCAAAUUAUGAUUAUUAUUCCUCAACAAUGCGUUUCACAAUAUCAUCACCUGUGAUGCCAGAUGCAGUUGUUGAUUACAACUUACUGAAUGGAAAGUGGCAAAUAGUGCAACAGCAAAACAUGCUUCAUGAGAGAACAAAGGUAUUGUAUGGGAAUGCUUUUGCAUCUAGUAUGGGCAAGCUAUCUUCAGAUGGAGCUGAUUUGUCAAGUCAAGAUUCAGGAGAUUGUGACUGGAAUGAGCUAUCUGAUUACUAUGCUUGUGAGUACUAUGAUGUUCCAUCAAAGGAUGGAGUUUUGAUUCCACUUACCUUGGUAUAUUCACGAAAGCACAAGCAAGACGGAAAUCCCGGAUUGCUUCAUGGUCAUGGUGCUUAUGGUGAAAUUCUGGAUAGACGUUGGCGUAGUGAGUUAAAGAGCCUACUAGAUCGUGGUUGGGUGGUUGCAUAUGCUGAUGUUAGGGGUGGUGGAGGUUAUGGCAAGGAGUGGCACCAAGAUGGUGCACGUACCAAAAAGAUGAAUUCUAUAUAUGAUUUUGUUUCUUGUGGUGAAUUUCUUCUUGAAAAAGGCAUCGUACAACAAAAUAAGCUUGCUGGAUGGGGAUACAGUGCUGGGGGACUUCUGGUGGCUUCGGCAAUUAAUACUCGUCCAGACUUGUUUCGUGCCGCUGUUUUAAAGGUCCCUUUCUUGGAUGUUUGCAACACUCUUCUCCAUCCUAUUCUACCUCUUACAGCCAUUGAUUACGAAGAGUUCGGGUUUCCUGUAGACCAUCAAGAGUUCAUUGCAAUCAAGAAGUAUUCUCCUUAUGAAAACAUUCAGAGGGAUGUUCCUUACCCAGCUGUGUUUGUGACAUCAUCAUUUAAUACAAGGUUUGGUGUAUGGGAAGCAGCUAAAUGGGUUGCAAAAGUCCGCGAACUUACUAAAUAUGAUCCAGAGCGGCCUGUAAUUCUCAACUUGACAACAGAUGUUGUAGAAGAAAGCAAGUAUCUUGAAACCAAGGAAUUAGCAACAGAGACUGCUUUCCUAAUUAAAAUGGUGAACAACACCUGAACAUGUUAUAUCUUUGGAAUCAAAACUUGUUGCUCAAAUUCAAUGAUGUGGAGCACGCUAUGAUGCCAGUCUACAUGUUCAACCAAAUCUGAACGAUUACUGGAUUAGUCCAUUAAUUGGAGCCUAUAUGAGAUGUCCUACGAAAAUCAUAUGCGCAUAUUCCUACAGUAUAUCAGAUAGCUUUCUACUCAAGCUAUCUUCAAAUGGCCUGGUCUCCUGUCUGUCACCACCGGCCUGGUCUGUUAUGGCACUUCCAAUUGUUGUACUUGUUUCCAUCCAUGUUGAAAUUCAUAUUUGGUAUGGUAUUACCGUUGUGGCAUCUUGAUUUUUGAUUGUAUAACUAAAUCAACACAUCAAGUUUUGCUAUCUUGCCUUUUUCAAUUAUGGAAUUUGACACUGUAUCUCAUGAACUAGAGGUGGAGCAUGCCCUCGUCUACUAAUGGGCACAACAGGUUAAUAUUACCAAGAUGCAACCAUAUUGUCUGCGAAAGAGCUGAUACUACUAAACUGGAUGCUAUGUGGUGCAAGCUCGAAUCUUCAUGGUCUUGGAGCUUGAACCGCUGCUGUAUAGUUUGAUGUGCACUAUGACAGUUAGACCAAAACAUACCUUGUCUUCACAGCAGAAGCUCCAAAUCAUUCUUUUAUCCUUCCACUGAAAUUUUCACAGCUUAUGAAUGCCUAUAGCAAAUGAAGAAUGAACAAAGGAAACUUGGUUGUAUAAUCAAGGAGGCUGGGACAGUUGGAUGAGUAAGUUAGGAACAUCUACAAAUGAAAAGUUGGAAACAUGUCAAGUACUGAGCAUUGGAGAUUCAGUUGGAGAGAGAUUCCAUCCAAUCAAAACUGCGAGUACAACUUAGUCAUCUGGUUUUCAUUGUUAUAAUAUAUUUGCACUAGCACCAGUAAUAAUCUUACUGCUGGAUUCAUCGAGCUUCCAUUGUGUGCAAUCUGGAUGAACUGUGGCUAGUAUUAUGGUCUUCCAUAACACUUUUGGCACAUUGCAAGUUGGAUGACCAUGUCCAUAUGUUCCUAGAGAACCAUCAUAUCAGGAUAAAACAUCUGGAGUUGUGAUGUGAAGGAUAUGUUACCUCUCCUCUCUCUCUCUCUCUGCUAGCAAUCAGUGCUGCAUCUGGAGAUAUAUCUGUAUUUCCCCCACUUCAUUUCAAAUUCGAUAAAUGUGACACGGCUGUAUUGGAAAAUGGUAGGAAGUUGUUCUUCAGUCUUAACAUAUGCCUCCUGUUGUCGAAGCACAUGCAACGACAAAAUGAAGGUGAGGAGAUGGCACGUGGGCCCAUCAUGUUGUUUUACUGUGUUCAUCAUGUUGGUGAUUGUUGGGCAAUAAAUAUAUUUGUCAUGCAGCAAAUCAAGAUGAGCAUCGGUUGUUUGUUAACAUCAAGCCAAUCAAACUUCACAGGUCAUAUAGUUCCUGAAUAUUGUUUAAACUUAUUUGUUGUGUAGGAAGUAGAAUUGCCAUAUUUCUUUUCAUUGUGGUUGAACUGCACUAAACUAUUUAUUUUAGUACUCUUGUUUACUAGCAUAAAUUCCUCUCCUAUAAUUUGCUAAGUAUUCCCGAACAACGUGCGGGAUUUCAGCUAUUCACUCUGUUCCUAAAUGUAAGAAGUUCUAGCUUUGUUAAAGCCAAAUUUCAUAAUUUUUUACCAAGUUUAUAGAAAAGUCUACAGACA